AAAAAUAUAAUGUCGAUAAUAAGCAACAGCGUUAUUCUCCCUGAGCGAGACAUCCCGAAGACGGACAUCGAGUGGUAAGUUGUUGCUGGUAUACUGCUGCUUACGUAAACUUAUUUUACGCAGCAUUUUUCGGCUGCCGUCGACUUUUACCAUUUGUUUGAAGCAGAACUGCAGUGGCAUCUCGGUCCAAAUCGUAAACCAUCAAAACCCUUUACAUAGGAAACCAAAAUGGCCGCUCCAUCGAUGGCUGCAGCUCUGGCUGCCUCACUUCCCGCCCCCCAAGCCGCACCAACACCUGCAGCACCCACAUAUGAAGCCAUCCCUGCAUCCAUGUCCAAGGCGAUCGACAUCGAGGCUGAGAUACCUCUUACAUGUGUCCAGCUUGAUGGCAUAGUUAUUACUAAAAUUUUGAAACACAGUCGCGAGGCAUUCUCGACAACCGCGCAUGGACUUCUGUUAGGCCUUGAUCUUGAUAGCAUCCUCGAGGUGUCCAACUCGUUUGCAUUACCGAAUCAUAACAGUGACGAUGAUGAAAAGGCGACAAAAUCUAUCGCCCGCUACCAGCAAUCCAUGCUACGAUCGCUAAAAGAAGUUCAAGGAGACGACAACGUCGUAGGGUUUUACCAAGCAACCUCACUUGGUGCUUUCUUCAAUCAAUCACUUGUAGAUACACAAGCAAUCCACCAAGAUAGGCUUAGACAUGGCGGUGUUGUUAUAGUUCAUGACAUUUCACAGACGGCACGCGGAAAUGCGUCAUUCCGUGCAUUCAAGCUGACGCCCUGCAUCCCGUUAAGAGUUAGGACAAACGCGCUUCUGAGUUCGUACUUGAACACGCUUGCGACUCGCUCGACUUCAACGUUUUCGGGUGCACAUCCGGGAGUGGCAACGACAUCAGCGUUACCUCCGUCUUAUUCAGUGCUUGAUAUAGGCAAUAUGGGACUGACGAAGAAUCUGGAACAAGUCGCCGAAGCGAUCGAUAAUUACCGGACAGAAGAAGGGAAUGUCGCGUAUCUGUCGAGGCAAAUCGCACGGGAGAAGCUUCGUGCGGAGACAUAUGUUGCGAAACGGAAAGAAGAGAAUGCGCGGCGGGUGGCGCAGGGAUUGAACGCGCUGCCUGAAGAAGAUGUAGGCAGGUUGUUCAGAAUCCCGCCUGAGCCGAGCCGGUUGGAGAGUAUGCUCCUACUAGGACAGGUGGAUGCUUACGCGAAGAGCCUUGAGAGUAUCGCAAGUACGGGAUUAGUGAAGAUGUAUGCAGCCAAAGCUAGCUCUGGUAUAUAAGUUUCCUUGUAUUUUACAGGGGUCAGACCAAUGAUGGAUUAGCGUUUGAGAACAA